AUGGCCUCUGUACAACCCCUCCCUUUCCGCAUAGCGCAAACCGUAGGCCUCACAUCAAGCGGCCUCCUCGCUGGAAUUUCCUUAUCGUUCACCCUCGUCUCCGUUCCGCGGCUCCUCGAAUCCCCAGCACCCCUACUCCUACAGCAAUGGACACACCUCUACAACGAAGGGAAAGUGACCGUGCCGCCCCUAACGAUCGUUGCUAGCACAAUGUGGGCGUACCUAGCGUAUGGAGCGAGUAAGGCUGGGGCGGGGAGUAUGGAAGGAGAGAAGUAUUGGGGGUAUGUCGCUGCUGGGGUUUUGGUACGCAUUACUCUGAAGAGUGCACUGUUUGUUCCUUUUACGGUGUUGGUGAUGAAGGACACGAAUGCUAAGCUGCUGGGGAGGGGAAACUUGAGUGCUGAGGAGAUUGUGAAAGGGGAAAGUGUACAUCAAUUGGUUGAUCGGUGGGGAUUGUUGAACUUGGGACGGGGUACUGCUUUAUUAGCUAGUGCGCUGGUUGGAACAUGGACUAUU